UGUGAAUGCGGGCUCGCGGCUGCUGUCGCCCGGUUUUAUUACCCUUGGCAGGGUUGGCGACAGGCACCUUAGAGCUCGCACUUUGCCAGGCUCUUCCCGGCGUGGGCUGUGCCCGUGCGUGUAGCUUGAAAAAACGAGGGGCGUUAAAGAUGUCAAAACACUGCUCACGGUAGAGCGCGUGAGAAACGUCAGGGAGAGCCAAUCCGUGGAGGUGGCGCGGGAGGAGGGGACGUCCCGGUCCCGGAGCCCAGUGGAAAACUUGGUCGCUUGUGAGGAGGAGCCGCUUGGCGCCUGCCUUAGGCGUGGGCAGCGGGUUCAGGUGGGGCUGGCCACUGGGAUCAGGAAGCAGCCUAUUCAGUGAUUGACCUGCGUCUCCAAGCUAAGAGGUUAGAUUACUAUUAUUUUGUUGCUGCUGAUGUCCAAUUCUUUCAGUGAGCCAGAUCUUUUAAAUAGAGUCUUUUUGUCCUCCUCUUUUGAAAUAUUUAUAAAAAUGCCAUCAACUCCGAGUUAUCUACAAAUGACACCUAGACACAUUUUCGCCACCACACUCUUCGUACCAUCUCUGAGAGUUAAUCUCGUCCCACUGUUUUUUUUUUUUUCUUGUAUUCCAGCCAAAGAAUGCAAGUUAAUUUUGAUAUUAGGCAAAUGGAAAGGAAAUGUGAUGCCAAAACAAGCUUUUUAGAGCUGUGUACAAAUGGGCUUUUAAAAGUGCUACAUGUACAGUUUACUAAAAGUGUUUAAUACAGUGAUGGACACACAGCUGAAGUAUUCUCCACUCUUUCUCUGAUGAACAAAUUUACUACUACUUUCCGAGGGAUGAAACGAGGAGGAAGAGAUAGUGACCAUAAUUUAUCAGAAGAAGGUACUGCAGAGAAAUCUAAGAAACUGAGGACUACAAAUGAGCAAUCUCAGACUUGUGAUUGGGGUAAUCUCCUUCAGGACAUUAUUCUCCAAGUAUUUAAGUAUUUGCCUCUUCUUGACCGGGCUCAUGCUUCACAAGUUUGCCGCAACUGGAACCAGGUAUUUCACAUGCCUGACUUGUGGAGAUGUUUUGAAUUUGAACUGAAUCAGCCAGCUACAUCUUACUUGAAAGCUACACACCCGGAGCUGAUCAAACAGAUUAUUAAAAGACAUUCAAACCAUCUGCAAUAUGUCAGCUUCAAGGUGGACAGCAGCAAAGAAUCAGCUGAAGCAGCUUGUGAUAUAUUAUCACAACUGGUAAAUUGCUCAUUAAAAACACUUGGACUUAUUUCAACGGCUCGGCCAAGCUUUAUGGAUUUACCAAAGUCUCACUUUAUUUCUGCACUGACAGUAGUGUUUGUAAAUUCCAAAUCCUUGUCGUCGCUUAAGAUAGAUGAUACCCCAGUAGAUGAUCCAUCCCUCAAAGUACUAGUGGCCAACAACAGCGAUACACUCAAGCUGCUGAAAAUGAGCAGCUGUCCUCAUGUCUCUCCAGCAGGUAUCCUUUGUGUGGCUGAUCAAUGUCACGGCUUACGUGAACUGGCCCUGAAUUACCACUUGUUAAGUGAUGAAUUGCUGCUGGCUUUAUCUUCUGAAAAACACGUUCGAUUAGAACAUUUGCGCAUUGAUGUAGUCAGUGAGAAUCCUGGACAGACACACUUCCAUACUAUUCAGAAAAGCAGCUGGGAUGCUUUCAUCAGACAUUCACCAAAAGUGAACUUAGUGAUGUAUUUUUUUUUAUAUGAAGAGGAAUUUGAUCCAUUCUUUCGGUAUGAAAUACCUGCCACCCAUCUUUACUUUGGGAGAUCAGUAAGCAAAGAUGUGCUUGGCCGUGUGGGAAUGACAUGCCCUAGACUAGUUGAACUAGUAGUGUGUGCUAAUGGCUUACGGCCACUUGAUGAAGAGUUAAUUCGCAUUGCAGAACGUUGUAAAAAUUUGUCAGCUAUUGGACUAGGAGAAUGUGAAGUCUCAUGUAGUGCCUUUGUUGAGUUUGUGAAGAUGUGUGGUGGCCGCCUGUCUCAAUUAUCCAUUAUGGAAGAAGUAUUAAUUCCUGACCAAAAAUAUAGCCUGGAGCAAAUCCAUUGGGAGGUGUCCAAGCAUCUUGGUAGGGUGUGGUUUCCAGACAUGAUGCCCACUUGGUAAAGACUGAAUGAUGUAGGGCAUGAUGAAUAGCACCUUUAUGUUAAGAAUACUGUAUUAUGAUAAGAGUUUAUUUCUUGUAGUUCUGAUGUAAUUCUAUUUUGUGGCAUGGAAAUUUGAUAUCUGCAUUGAAUAUAUAAGGAUUGUUUAUUGGAAGACCCAUGGACCAGUUUUGGUCAGAAAACUUCAUCUGUUUCUUUAGCCUAACAGCAGUCAAAUCUCAGAAAAAUUUUUUAAACUGUGGUUCAGAUCUGAAAGUAAGUCAAUUAUAAAGAUGAAACAUUUUACAGUCUGAAAGAAACAACACCUAUAUAUUAUAAUAUCCGAGAAGUGAGUACUAAGAAGUUUUCCAAAUGUUAUGUUCUCUAUGCAUUUUUUUUUAAAUGUAAACUUGACAUUUUAGGGUCUUCAGUUAUACAUACACCUGUUAUAAGGUGUUUAAUAUAGCUCAGGACAGUGAGCAUUUUGUGAGAAAAACGUAGGCUGUAUCAUAUUGAAUGAAAGAGAUUGGUUGAAUGUUCUCAAAUAUGUUACAGAGCUGUUUGAAGAGGUAUGUAUAAGUAAUUGGAUUUCUUAGAAAACUGGUAUGUGUCACACAAUGGUUAUUAUAGACAGAUAAUAAACAGAGCCAAGAUCAAAUUAAAAGAAAAUAAACAGAAUAGAAGCGAGGCAGUGUUUAGUUUUGUAUAAACUUUCAGGUUUGCUCUAUAAUCUGCUAAACCAUAUAAAUUCUCUUCUGUGAUAUGUUACUAUGUAUGUGACACUUUGAGGCAUCCUAUGUAAAGCAAGGAAUGCUUUGCCAGUUCUCCUUGGUUUUGUUUAUCUUUGUUUAAGCUAGGUUUGAAGUAUACAGUAAUUGAAAUGAAAAGCUUAUCUAUUUAAAAAAGCCAAAUUGAAAUAAUUAAAGGUAGAACUUUAAAAUGUUUAUAAGUUAUUUCCAUGAAAGAAUAUUCUCCAGUGAAUUUUAGUGAUGGUUCAUUUUCCAUUUUGGAAUUAAAUAGUUAUGUAAGUAGAAUUUUCAAAAAUCAUAAAAGGAGCACCACUUGUUCAGUAUAAACAAGUGAACUUAAAAGAGGAUAUAUUUAAGUUCAUAAUCAUAUUUUUGAGUAAAUAUUGCUCAGUGGACUGGAAAAUUUUAAUAGAAAAAUGUCUGCAGUUUUGUGAUUGUUAAUUUGGUUACAAUGCUAUUUUAUAUUAUUUAAGUUAGGUAGCAUUUUUAUUACUUUCAUAUGAAUAAUGGUAAAACAUACAUUGCUAUAAGAAUAUUAAGUUUGGGGCUACAUUUAGUUUUGUUUUUGUUUUUAGAUAUUAUAUAAGCUUUGAUUCUGAGCACUAGUGCUAGUAGACAUUACCUUCCUAAGGGAAAUUAGAAGUGAUUUAUCCCCAAUGGAAUAAUAUAGCAAUGCUUGAAACUUUUAGAAAGCAUCUUGGUAAUAAUGGAAGCUGUCAGUCUUACAGAUCGAAUCUAUUUUUUAAAUAGAUCACCUUCCUAAGAAAAAAGUAAAAGGUGAUUUUGUACCUAAUUUAUACUUUUCAAAAGUCAUGGUGUUCCGGCCACAUGUAAAUGAGAAGAAAAAAGGUUGAUCCAGACUGGGAAAUUAAAAGCAAUUAUUGUAAUAUUUUCCCCUUACUAAAUAGUUAAAAAGCUUUGUACAAGAAGUACAUGUGAUAGUGGAUGAAGCCUUUUUUCCCUUGAACAACUUUGGAAAAUGGAUUUGACAGUGCAUAAUCAGUUCUACUAACCAAAGCUUUAUUCGGAAAUUUACUUUUUUGUACAAAUUGAAUUAUAUAAUGCUUGAAAUACUUUAAGUCACUUUAUAAGCAAAAUGCAUAGCACUUACUUUGUUUAUAUUGUAAAGUAUAUAUGUUAAAUGCUUUUAUCAAUUUGAGAAUAAAGAUAGUUACUAAUG